UGCGCAAUGGAUGAAGAAAAUUAUUUUACCAAUGGCUGUGUUAUCGUUGUUAGAGGACAUCGCAAAUGGUCACAUCCGAAGGGAACGUAUAUUUAGGGAACGCGAGGACUUACUCGCAAAUGAUGACGAUUGGCUCAUGAGCCGAUUUCGUUUCCCCAGGCCAGUAUUACUGGAGCUGUGCGCAGAGCUGCGGCCGGCCCUAGAGCGCCACACAGCCAGGAGCCAGGGGUUGUCCGUGCCCACACAGGUGCUGACCACGCUGGGGUUCCUGGCAACAGGGGCCUUCCAGCGGGAGCUGGCCGAUCGGUCAGGAGUGUGCCAGUCCACCCUGAGCCGAGCCAUGCCAGCUGUGUGGGACGGAAUCAUCCGAAUGUCAUCCAGGAAACACUUUCAUUCUAUCAAUGUCCAAGUGAUAUGUGAUGCGCAAAUGCAGCUCCUUAACAUGGUGGCAAGGUGGCCUGGUUCAACGCACGAUUCAUUCAUUCUGACCAACAGCAUGGUUGGGAACAGGCUGGAGGCUGGCACUGUGCGCGAUGGGUGGCUUCUGGGUGAGUAAAUGCUUUAUUCGUGUAAAAAGCGGGCGUAAAGUUAGAAAUGUCGCCCGCGGUGCACUUCU